AUGAGGCCUGUCGUCUACUUUAACCCAAUUGCUCUUCCGAAAACAAAGCAUUAUGUGCCACUUUGGACUCGUCACGUAGUGUACCCAAAGUUCACGCCCGGUGACCCCCAACUACGAAUGUUUCUGCCGCCAUUCUGGAUGAAAAUGCUUUACCCUGGCGAGAAAUGUCCCAAGCGGUUGGUAGUAUUCAAGGUUCAUCCACAGAUGACCAAGUUUGACGUCAAACAGUACCUAGAGAAGAUUUACAAAGUCCCCGUAGCCGACGUUCGGCUAAAGAUGGCCUAUCAUGACUUCGCCCCCCUGGACGCAGCUGAGGACCCGAAACGGGUAGCUGGCGCCACCUUCCCUCAUCUGCUGCCUCGGGAACCCGAGCGCUACGAAAAAGUGGCCUACGUCCACCUCGCACCCGACCACGAAUUUGAAUUCCCCGACAUCUUCAAGGACGGCAAGCGACCUUCAGAAGAGUUGAAUCGGCUGAUGGAACAGACGCGUGCGGAAGGCGGUUUGAAGCCAGCAAAAGACGCGACCGAGGGGGGCCAGGAGGCGAGUUCCCAGCCAUUGCCACAACCCUCGCAGCCUUCUGCUGGUCGCCUGCCACGAUGGUUCACCUCCUAG